AUGAGUGAGGCCGACAAGGAGAAGACAGCUGUUAUAGGUCCCCUGGGAUUCUUCCAGUCCAAAAAGAUGUCCCAGGGCAUAUCCGGAGCCCUUGCAACCUUCUCGUGGGGCAUGGGGAAGACCAUGGGGGAUGUGGACUUGUGUGGAGUUUUGAUGUAUUUGGAUGAUCUCCUAACGUUGGGUUUCGCCUUGGAAGACUAUGAAGCGAGAAAUUACCCAACGUACCAGUUGAAUUUCCUGGCGUUGGAACAGACGACAGUGGCGGAGGAACUGAAUGACUGUCUCUAUGGGAUCAAGUUUGAAGUGGAGACAGAGAAACAGAAUUCCGAGCAGAAACUGGAGAAAUUGAUCCAGAACAAGUUGGACGACUUGCACGUUGGGGAAGACAAAGGAAGCUGCCUGAGUAGGGCAAACAGAGAACUGAGAGCACCAAGAGGGGAGUCUGAAUACAAUUCAGAGGAGGUGAAGCAAUGGCGGACAGAUCUCGGAAGAGGGGAGCGGAAGCUUGAAGGAGACCUGAAGAUGAUCAUUGACAGCGUAAAUGAAAUGGGAAAACUGGAAGUUGAACAGGAAGCAAUCAUUAAGAAGAAAGAGCUGGAGAUAAGUUCAGAGACCAAUAAACUGAAGGAGUCCAAGAAGAAGCUGACGCCUCGAUUACAGGAGGCUGAAGAGGCAGCAAAGGCAGCCCAGGCCAAGUGCUCCAGUUUGAAGAAAGCCAAAUAGCAGCUACUGAUCGAGGAAAUGGGGAAGAAUACGGAUUCAAAGGAUGAUGAGCUGGAUGUGUGCUGUCCUUUGCAUGGGAUUUGGUCAGAAUGCGUCAUGGGGAUGAAGAGAGAAGACGCACAUGAAGAGAUGCUGCGAGCUGGCUCCGGAGUGGACCCCGAGCGGGGGCUCAGGACCCGGGCAGAUUUCGGAAGAAAUCAAAUGGUGGACUGAGGAUAUUGCGUGAGCUCCAACGAGUAAUUUGAGCACGAACUGUCUAAUUAUCAUUCUUGGCGCCUUUUUAUUUUAUAUUUUGGUUCUCUACUAAUCCCAUAGUUCAAGUAAGAGUUAUAAAAUCUUAAUUAUUUAACCGCAUCACCCCGAGAUCGUGCCACUAGGCAAAGCGAGUGUUACAUGUGCUUCUCAUUUAUGAUUUGCUUGACUUGUCUUGAAUGCUUUUUGGUUUGGUCCGUUGAAAAUCUACCAUACUGUUGGACCUUAGAGAGAGACAGAGGCGAUAUGUGUUUUCAUGAAUUAAUUGAAAAAAAGCUGAUCCUCCAAUUUUCCACAUCAACAAAUUGGGUGAGUUGCUAAGGUAAUAUUGUACAAUGAACCUGAGGAAAGUUGGUUUAGUAAUUACAAAGGGGAUGAAUACUUUUUCAGCCUCACAAUUUUGGUUUUUAAUCUUUAGUAAACUGUUGACAGGUUUUGGAAUUUUUCUUUUGAUUCAACAUGAUGCACAAUGUUUUGUAGAUAAGCUCAGACAAAUCCUGCUUUAAACUAGUUUAAAUUUUAAAAAUGAGAGAGUAAAAUGUGAAAAUAGUUGUGUAGGCUGAAUGUUUUUUUAAGGCACUGUAUAUAAGACGGCCUUUGCCCAUCUCAAGGGGAUGUUUUCACUGCCUACACAGGAAAGCAGGAAAAUGCAAAGAUCCAGACAAGGUGGUGGCAGAUCAGUCACACGCUCCAAUAAACUUUAACUUGCUAUGAAUAAGGUUAAAAUUGACUCCAAAAUGGUUCCAAUUUUAAGAAAACCAGACAGCUUGUACCAUGAGAAGUAAUGAUACAAUAUUAGUCCUUGUCAUCAAAGGAGAAAGACCAUAAGGAACAACAAGGAACGAGGCAUACAGCAAAGGUUCCUCUAACACCUCCACAAAUAACUUUGUCUCUCAGGUGAACAAAGCUCAGACUUCAGCUGUUUCCUCCCAGUCUCCGGACAGAUCCAUGUAAAACAGAGCAAAUCUUACUUAAGCAAUAAAUAAUCAAUUUAUUUAACAAAUGAUUGGUUAAUAAAUAACCUCGUGUCUCUACUUUUACUCAACACGACUGUAAAGACAGCAGUACUCAAGAGAGAAACUGAGAUAAGUGAAAAGAUAUUCCCUUAUGAUGGUGCUGGUGAAUCAAAACAAUAUGCUGCAUGCUGCUUACCAAGUACUUUUGAAAUGUCUUAAUGAACUAGCGAUUUCACAACCUUAUGAAGGCUUCGGUUGACUUAAUUUGCACAUAUACAGGUACCAUAUAAGUGGAUAAAUGUACAUCGCCACGGCUGGAAGAGGGGAGGACUGCAAGCCAGGCUGAAACAGAGAGGAAUGAAGUUCCAUCUACCCAGCAUCUUGUUAGCAAAUGCAAAGUGACUGAAGAACAAUAUUGCUGUAUUGGAGGGAAAUGAGGAAUUGCUUUUUUCUGUGCUCCACAGAUACAUGGCUCAUGCUGGACAUGCAAAAAAUGUCUGUGAGAUCCCAGGGCUUCGCGAUACACAGGUGGACCAGACUGUUGAUUCAGAGAAGGCAAAGUGUGGGAGGCCAAUUUUGGGAGGUUAUGAUAAACUCUUUGUGGUGUUUGGACGCAGCGGUGUUGUCACAGUCUUGUUACCCUAACCUGGAGCAUAUGAUGAUUAAGUGCUAACUGUUCUACUUACCAAGAGAGAUUUCCGCCAUGAUCCCGAUCACAGUUUACAUACCACCAAAGUCAAACAUUAAACAAGCACUUGUGUAUUGUCUGCCAUGAUAAGAAAAAAAGAAACAGCUACCCCGAUACCUUUUAAAUCAUUGUCAGGGACUCCAAUCAGGCUGGUUUGAAGAAAACUCUGCCCAAUUAUCAUCAACACCAAGAGUCCCAAUACAGUUACCACUGUUACAGUCAGACAUCCUACACUGCAAAAACUCAUUUCAGGGAGGUAGCACACCUACCUCCCGCAACCCUAUAUACACCCACCCCCGGUCGACCUCCAAGGGCGCAUGUAUAUGGGACACUUGAUUACGAAAGAACACAAUUUAUUUGACACAUAUUGAAACUAUUUACACACACAUUAUAUAUAUAUCCUUUGCUGAGUAGCUUUUCCAUUUCUUUUGCAAACUUUCCUUGUACUGUGAUGUGGUUCUGCUGAAAAGAACUGUGAAAUACUUGAGCAGCCUUCCCUGCGAUUAGCCUCCCUAAUGUGUUGUGGUCCCUAAAAGAAAUAAAAGCAUAAGGUGUAUCUUUAUUAUAUUGUCUUAUGUAAUACUUCAUUUAGUGAUUUUGUCUAAUCUGUAAACCGAUCUGUAAUCUGUAAACUGGGUAUAUGCAGAAAAUGUGACAUUAAAAUAUGUACUUACUUAUUAUCAUGGAGUCGUUUUUAAUUCUAUUACAACUUUAAGCACGUCUACAGGGAGCUUGGCCUCAUCACGUAGGACAAUAGAGUAGCUCCUUAGCAGCUAGCCAGCUAGUUUAAAUAACAUUAGCUAUGCUAAUGAAUGAAUGACACAUGUUAAACUCACCCCAACAUGUUUUUUACAGUCCUAACCCAUCAUGGGCAAUAGAAAAGUCACUGUUGCAAACAGUGCAGCGAGCAAC